AUGGAGAACAAGACUGAAGUGACUCACUUCCUCUUGCUGGGACUCACUGAUGAUCCAAGCCUACAGCUUCCCCUCUUCAUCACCUUCCUCCUCAUCUACAUCAUCACCCUGGUGGGAAACCUUGGGAUGAUCCUGUUGAUUUUCAAGGACUCUCGGCUCCACACUCCCAUGUACUUUUUUCUAGGUCACCUUUCUCUGGCAGACCUUUUUUACUCUUCAGCAGUCACUCCAAAAGUCAUGGCUGGUUUUCUUAUAGGAGACAAGGUCAUUUCCUACAAUGACUGUGCUGCACAAAUGUUCUUUUUUGUAGCCUUUGGUAGUGUGGAAAAUUACCUGCUGGCCUCAAUGGCCUACGAUCGCUAUGCAGCAGUAUGUAAGCCCCUACACUAUGCCACCACCAUGACCACAAGUGUGUGCACAUGGCUGAUCAUUGGUUCUUAUAUCAUUGGUUUUGUGAAUGCCUCCAUCCAUACUGGAGAUACAUUUCAGCUCUAUUUCUGUAGAUCCAAUGUGGUCCAUCACUUUUUCUGUGAUAUUCCAGCAGUCAUGGUUCUCUCUUGUUCUGACAAACAUGUCAGUGAGCUGGUUCUUGUCUCUAUAGUGAGCUUCCACAUGUUUUUUGCCUUCAUAGUUAUCUGGAUAUCUUAUGCAUUUAUUUUUAUCACCAUCCUAAAGAUGCACUCAACUGCAGGACAUCACAAGGCUGUAUCCACCUGUGCCUCCCACUUCACUGCAGUCUCCAUUUUCUAUGGAACUGCUAUUUUUAUGUAUGUGCAGCCCAGUUCCACUCACUCUAUGGACACAGACAAAAUUGCCUCUGUGUUCUACACCAUGGUCAUCCCCAUGCUGAAUCCUCUGGUCUAUAGCCUGAGGAACAAAGAGGUGAAGAGUGCAUUCAAAAAAAUAGUUCAGGAGGCAAAGUCUUUGUAA